AUGGAGCAGGAGGCGCCACCCCCCACGCCAGAGAAGGCAGCCGUCAGCAACCCGGCAGAUGUUUCAGUCAUUUGCUUCUACUUUCUUGCAGUCAUCGGAGUCGGGCUGUGGUCCAUGUGCCGGACCAACCGGGGCACCGUUGGGGGAUAUUUCCUGGCUGGUAGGAACAUGGUGUGGUGGCCGAUUGGCGCCUCUCUCUUUGCCAGCAACAUUGGCAGCGGGCACUUUGUGGGCUUGGCAGGCAUGGGUGCCGUGAAUGGACUGGCCGUGGCGGUGUUCGAAUGGAAUGCACUUUUCUUUGUUCUUCUCCUUGGAUGGCUCUUCGUCCCAGUCUACCUCACAGCUGAGGUCAUCACAAUGCCACAGUACCUGAAGAAGCGCUUUGGAGGCCGAAGAAUCCGCCUCUAUCUCUCUGUGAUCUCUCUUUUCAUGUAUAUCUUCACCAAGAUCUCAGUAGACAUGUUCUCUGGCGCAGUGUUCAUCCAGCAAGCCUUGGGCUGGAACAUUUACGUGGCUGUCAUAGCCCUCCUGGUCAUCACCACCAUUUACACAGUGACAGGUGGGCUGGCAGCGCUGAUGUACACAGACACGGUUCAGACAUUUGUCAUGAUCAGCGGAGCCUUUGUCCUCAUGGGGUUUGCCUUUGACAAAGUGGGGGGCUACCAGGGGGUGUUUGAGAAAUACAUGGAUGCCAUUCCGAGGCGGACGGUUUCCCCCACUCCAGCCCUUUACAACAUCUCGGCUUCCUGCUACCUGCCCCGCGAAGACUCUUUCCACAUGAUGAGGGACGCCUUCGUCAGUGAUUUGCCCUGGCCGGCUGUUAUUCUCGGCCUCUCCAUGAAUUCCAUCUGGUACUGGUGCAGCGACCAGGUCAUUGUGCAGAGGUGCCUGGCUGGGAAGAACCUCACCCACGUCAAAGCCGGUUGCAUCCUUUGUGGCUACCUCAAACUGCUGCCCAUGUUUCUCAUGGUUAUGCCGGGCAUGAUCAGCCGGAUUCUGUACCCAGAUGAAGUGGCCUGCGUCAUCCCAGAGGAAUGCAAGCAAAUAUGUGGCACUGAAGUGGGGUGCUCCAAUAUUGCCUACCCGAAACUGGUGGUCUCUCUCAUGCCAAGUGGCCUCCGGGGCCUCAUGCUGGCUGUGAUGCUGGCUGCGCUGAUGAGCUCCCUGGCUUCCAUCUUCAACAGCAGCAGCACCCUCUUCACCAUGGACAUCUACAACCACUUGAGGCCACAAGCGAGGGACAAAGAGCUGCUGAUAGUGGGCAGGGUAUGGAUCCUGCUACUCGUGGGCAUCAGCAUCGGGUGGAUUCCGGUGGUGCAGGCAGCCCAGGGCGGGCAGCUCUUCGACUACAUCCAGUCUAUCAGCAGCUACCUAGCCCCGCCCAUUGCUGCCAUUUUUCUGCUCGGAGUCUUCAUCAAAAGGGUGAAUGAACAGGGCGCAUUCUGGGGGUUGGUGGGGGGACUAGCCAUAGGCCUAGCCCGGAUGAUCCCAGAAUUCAUUUACGGGACGGGGAGCUGCCUCUUCCCCAGCUCCUGCCCCCGCCUGAUCUGUGGUGUCCACUACCUCUACUUUGCCGUCAUCGUCUUCUCCACCACAGCUGCCAUCGCAAUGGGCAUUUCCCUCUGCACUUCACCUAUUCCUGAUAAACACCUGCAUCGCCUAGUGUUCAGCCUCCGGCACAGCAAGGAGCAGCGCAUCGAUCUGGACAUGGAGGAAGAGGCGGAAGCUAAGCCCAGGGAGGCUGCAUGGCGGCAGUGCCAGGAGCAAGCAGAGUCGGCAGCGCCAGACAGCGAACGGCUGGAACGUGGGCUCGAGAUGGAUGAUCCCACAGCAGCGUCCUCCCUUGGCAAGCUGCGCCGGUGUGUUGGCUGGUUUUGCGGGACGGACAGCCAAGGGGAGCAGGGCCUGACCCCCGAGGAGAAAGCAGAGGAGCAGCAGCGCCUGGCGGACAUCACGGAGCACCCGCGCUGGAGUCGCGUCGUCAACCUCAAUGCCAUCGCCAUGAUGGCCUUUGCCACCUUCCUGUGGGGCUACUAUGCCUGA